GCACAUCCGGGUCGCGCGCCCGGGCUUCUGGUGACUGGGGCCACGGAAGAGGCGUCGGGGACGACCGAAGGGACUUCACCCGGGCUCUGCGCCUCUUCGGCUCCCAGCGCUCAGCGGUGGAAGGCGGUUUCCCCGCAGGACAUCCAUGAAAACCUGAAAUCUGUGGACAGUUUCACAGCUGGAUGAUAAGAAAAACUGAAGUCUUCUUCUUAAGCCAUGGCAUAUCAAUUAUAUAGAAAUACCACUCUGGGAAAUAGCCUUCAGGAAAGCUUAGAUGAGCUCAUUCAGUCUCAACAGAUCACCCCCCAGCUUGCCCUUCAAGUUCUACUUCAGUUUGACAAGGCUAUAAAUUCAGCAUUGGCUCAGCGAGUCAGGAACAGAGUCAAUUUCAGGGGCUCUCUAAAUACGUACAGAUUCUGCGAUAAUGUAUGGACUUUUGUAUUGAAUGAUGUUGAAUUCAGAGAGGUGACAGAGCUUAUUAAAGUGGAUAAAGUGAAAAUUGUCGCCUGUGAUGGUAAAAACACGGGCUCCAAUACUGCAGAAUGAAUAGAAAAAAUGGUUUGUGCCAUUUUUUGUUAAUAUGCAGCACUUGUGAAGAGAAGCAAGGAAGAGACUGUUUAAUUUAUUCUAGCAAUGCAGAUACGACUACACUGUGCUAGACCAUCUCUGAGAAUGCUAGUAGAAAGCAUAUUUCUGUAGUGUUUUACAUCACCUUUAUUAUACAGCAUGAAGAAAUACCUUUUUUAAAUGACAAAUCAAAAGUUGUUGCCUUCUUAUGAAUAUUCUUUAAUAAACUUAUUUAAAAACUU